AUCACACCUCAUACUUAAUAUUUAAAAAAAAAAAAAGUAGAAGCCAUCCAAAUUUCCAAUGGCUUCUCACCCCUUUAGACUGAAAUCGAAAAUCCUCACAGUGACCUUAUAAGCCCUGCAUGAUUUGGCCCAAGCUCCCUCUGCAAUAUCCUCUCUGCUCUCCCCCUUGCUCACUUCACUCCAACCACAGACUUACUUUGCUAUUCCUUAAACACCCCUGACGUGUGCCCACCUUGGAGUUUUUGCACUUUCUACUCCCUUGGUCUGGAACGCUCUUUGCCUGACAUCUUCAUGGUUUGCUUCCUCACUUCCAGUGUUUGCUUAAAUUUCAUUUCUUCAAAUAGAGGCUCUUCUGACCGCCCUAAAAUUGUCCCCUCCAUCCGUCCCUAUUCCCUUAUCCUGUAUUAUCUUUCUUCAUUGGACUUAUUGUCCAAUAAGAUGUUCAGACAUCUUAUUAUAUACAUAGUUGUUUCUUUCUUUAUUGUCUGCCUUCCUCAUUAUUAGGUUUGUUCUGUUCAACUUAUUAUCGUGCCUGAAAUAGAGCCUAGCACUCAGCAGACUCUUAAUAUUUGUUAAAUGAAUGAAGCACUUCCUCUCAGCAACUCUUCUCUUAGUUUCCGUGGUUUUCUCCCUGCUUCCUCAGACAUUCCUUCUUCCUUACCUUUCCUGGGUUUUCUUUUUCUAACUGACUUCUAAAUGUUGGUGUUCCUCAGGACUCCAUCCUGGAUCCGUUUUUCCUCUCUUCACUCUCAGCCUAAGCAGUCGCAUCUAUUUCCAUGAAUUUAAGUACCAGCUUUAUGUGGCUUACUUCCAAAUUCUAUCUCUAGCCCAGAGCUCCAGACUUAGCCGAUUGCCUGCUUGACAUCUCCACUUGACUGUAUAAAUAGGCAUUUCAAAAGUAACAUGUCCAUAACUGGAUUCUUGAUCCCUCCGGCCCCAACAAAAACCUGCCCCCCUCUAGAAUUUCUGAAUAGGAAGAUCAAUGUGGUUGGAAAAAGAGAAAAACUGUUCUGUUUACAUAGGACUUUACUUAAGUAAAACUGGAAAAAAAAUCAAUUGUAUCAAAGAAGGAGAGGAGGAGGUAAUAGAAUUAUGAGGAGCGUUGGACCCUCUUUGGCACUAGCACAGUCCUCGCUAUUUUACAAAAAGACACCACUUGCCACUGGGUUACCCGAGUCGAAACCCUAGGAUUCCUCCCUUUCUCUUACUUCUGCAGCCAAUCCAUCAGCUAGUUCUGUUUUUCCACAAAGUACAAUUGAAACCGUCCUCACCUCUCCAUGUCUGCUCCAUGUCUCUGUUCUAGGUCAUCAUCAUCUCACGUGGACUCCUGAAGAAGCCUCCUAACUCAUCUCCUCGUGACCAUUCUUGCUAAUUUGAACCUGUUCUCCGAGUAGCAUCAAGAGUGACCUUCUUAAACUGUAAACUAUAUAAUGACACUUUAAAAAAAUCCCUUAAAUGACCACCCACGUCCUUAGAGUAAUACUUGCACCCCUGACACUGGCCAUGCCCACAUCUCUGCUGGUCACUCUAUCCUCAGCAUGCACCACUCUCCACCUGACUGGAUACACUUCAGCAACACCAACCAGUCUUCCAUCUGUUCUGAGGAUUCAACAAAUUCUUUAUUGCGUGAGGCCUUUUCAUGUGCUGUUCCCUCUGUCUGGAAUGCUCUUCUUUCAGCUCUUCGCAUGACUAGCUCCGUACCUUUGCAUCCUUUCUCAUUUUAAGUGGCACCUCCUCGGAGAGGUUUGCCUCCGAUCACCUAUUUAAACAUUUAACAGUUAAAUCCAAAUAUUCUUUUGAAUUUUUAAAAUAAGAUAAAGCGAUCUUGGCCAAGAUGGAGUAACAGGAAAUGAAUUUAUCCAGCAGCCUGAAACAACUAAAAAACUGGUUAAAAUAUAUGAAACAAUGUUUUCAGAUACUGGACAUCAGGAAGCAGAGAUGAGUAAUCCUUGAAAGAACAGAAACAGGGUUAGCCCUGUGAUUGCCCCAGGUUGUUGCCCAGAGAGAGGAUCCAGAAUGCAGCAUCAAGAGGGGUAACCUAGGCAGAGUCCUGUGGUCUCCCUGGGUUAAGGAGAUGGUGUUGGGUGUCUGGUAGGCCAGGGUGGCUAGAGUUCACAGGGCAGAGUACCAGACAGAGAGAGCAGCACGAAGAAAAAGCUCUGGAAAUCUGCUGAGGAUCUCCCUUGGAGCUCCAGCUGAAUACUGAUCAGUGCAUGUGUGGGAGGAAACUAUACAGUGCCAGGGAAAGAACAACGUGAAAGGAUUAGAAGGAACAAUCCUUGAAAUUCACACAGGGCUAGAAAUAGUCCGUGUUUCCAUUAGCCAAAGUGGGAAAACCUCUAAAUUCAUGGGUUGUCAGGAAGAGUACUCAGAAGGGUGUUAUAUCAGCAGAGGAGAAAAUUAGUCCUAAAGGUUGCUCUGAUUCCGAAUAACAAAGCAUAAAAGCAAACCUCAAAAGGAGGAAAAACUAGACUAAAAUUGUUUCCAAAUAACAUAACACAAAGCACAAGAAUAUUUAUAAGAAUACAAAAAUAUGCAGCAUUCAACAGGGUAAAAUUUACAACCGUCAUCCAACCAAGCAUUGCCAAGCUUACAGAGAAGCAGGACAAAAUACAACCCAUAAUAAGGAGAAAAAUCAACCAAUAGAAACAGACCCAGAAAUGACAGAUGAUGAAAUGAGUAGGCAAAGACAUUUAGUACUUAUUAUAACUAUAUUCCUUAUUAUAACUACAUUCCAUGUUAAAGGCAGAGGACAGAUAGACCAUGUUAAGUAGAAAUAUAGAAGAUAUAAAAAAGAUUUAAAUCAAAUUCUGAAGAUGAAAACUAAAUGAUUUGAUACAAAAAAAUACACUAGAUGGGAUUAGUAACAAAUUAGACACUACAGAUGAAAAGAUUAGUAAACAUGAAGAAAUAGCAGUAGAAAAUGCAAAAUAAAAUGCAAAGAACAAAUACUGAAGGGAAAAAAAUGAAAAGAAUAUUAGUGAACUAUGGGACAACUUUAAGCAGCCUAAGGGGGGUAGUGAGGAAACUUUUGGGGGUGGAUAUGUUCAUUAUCUUGAUGGUGGUGAUGGUUUCACAGCCGUACACAUAUGUUAAAGCUCAUCAAGUUGUGUGCUUUAGAUAUACGUAUUUAACUUACUGUACUUCCAUCAUGUCUCAACAUUGGUAUAAAAAAGCAGUCUGGAACUAAAAUCCCAGAUAAUAACAUGGGAGAUGGCAAUGGGGUGGUGGAGCAGUGGGUUGGGAUACUAAGUGAGGGGAAGCAAUAGCUUUCUAAGCUUCUUGUCUAUUUGGGAAGAAUAGGUCUAUUUGUCUAAUAGGUAAUGGGUACCUAUUAACUGUAUAAGUUGUUAUAAAAAUAUGUUUUAAAACAAGUGUCUUAAAAAAAUAAAAUAAAACAAGUGUCUUAAAAAUAUGGGUAGCUACUGAAUGAAGCAAAAUAGAAUGCAUAACUUGAAACCAAUGUAAGAGAAAGUAGAGCAAAAAAUAACUGAUCAAUUCAACUAAAGCAGAAAAAGGAAAAAUAAGAAAACUAGAAAGAUAGUAAACAGAAAUUGAAAAUACUUGAAGUUUUUUAUUCAAGAAACUAUAAAAAGAACCACAAACUAGCCUGAAGUAAUAGAAAGAGGGACUCUGUAAACUUAAAAGCAGAAAUAAAAAGAAAUAGGAAAACUGUAAAGUUCAUCAAUAAAACCCAAAGUUGUUUUUUUUAAGAUCAAUAAAAUAAACUUUGGCAAGUAUUAAGAGGAAAAAGACAAGGUAUAAAUAACAUUAGGAAUUAUGUAUAUUUUAAAUUACAAGCAAAUAUUUUAUGCCAAUAAAUUUUGUUUUUUAAAUCAACUUCAUUGAAGUAUAAUUUACACACAAUAAAAUGCACACCUUUUAAAUGUAUUGAGGAGUUUUGACAACUAUAUGCCACCUGUAACGACUACCACCACAACCAAGGUAUUUCUGACAACCCAGGAGUUCUCUUGUCAGUUCUCAGUCAAUCCCCUUUGUCUACCUCUUGGCCCUAGGUAACUGCUGAUCUGAUUUCUAAAUGAUAGUUUUGCCUUUUCUUGAGUUUUGUAUAAGUGGAAUCAUACAGUAUCUAUCCUUUUAUGUAUGCCUUUUUUCAUUCAACAAAAUUAUCUUGAAAUUCAUCCAUGUUGAAUAUCAAUAGUUCAUUGCAUUUCAUUCCUGAGUAGCAGUCUACUAUGGAUAUACCACAAUUUUUAAAUCAGUUCAUCUCUUAUUGAAACACUUGGGUUGUCCAGUUUGGGGCUCUUAUAAAUAGAGCUGCUAUGAAAUUCAUUUCCAGGGGGAUAUAUUUUUUCAUUUCUCCUAAAUGAGUGGAAGUUCUUGGUCCUAUGAUAAAUGUAUGUGUAACUUUGUAAGAAACUGCCACUGUAUGAAAAUUCUAGUUGUGUCACAUUCUUGCCAACAUUUUACAGCAAUAUAAAUGAAAACCUAAAUGAAAUAGACAAUUUUAUAAAAAGUAAUGAAUUACCAAAAUUGGUUGAAGGAAAAGUAGGGAACCUGAAAAGACUAAUAACCAUGCAAAGUAUUGAAAUGGUAAUCAAAGGUCAACCCCACCCUCCAAAGAUAUACUAUGAUCAAAGAGUUUUACUAGUGAAGUUCUACCAAAGUGUCCAGGAAUAGAUAAUUCCAUCUGUUGUUCAAAGUGAACAGAGAAAAAGAUAGCAGUUCAUUUUAUGAGGCUAUUACAACGUUGAUACCAACAUUUUGUAAGGAUAUCAUGAAAAAAAUCUGUAAUUUAAUAUCACUUCAAUCAAGGAAGCAAAAAUCCCACAUUAAGUAUGCUUUAAAAAAUAAGCAAUGCCAAACAUGAUCAAUAAGAGGUUAUAGUAGUAGGAAUGGUAGGAUGCUUUAACUUUACAAAAAUCUAGCAAUAUCAUUUAUUGAGCUAACCAAUUAAAGGAUAAAACCAUAUAGUCAUCUGAAAAGAUGCACAAAAAGCAUUUAAUAAAAUUUCAACUCCUGUUCUUGAUUUUAAAACAUAUACAUACAACACGUAUACACAUACUCAAUAAACUGAACACAGAUAGGAAUUUCUGCGGGAAGCACAUAUUACUAGAAAAUCCAAGAAAAUCGACUGGCACUAUUUGAACCAAUUUGAGAGCUCAGCAGGGUGACUAAAUACACAAGAUUAACACUAAAAUCAAUACCUUCUCUACACACCAGCGUUAACUAAUUAGAAAAUAUAAUGGAAAAAAGAAAUACAUAUAAUAGUUCCAAAUAUAUUCUAGGAAUAAAACAACCAAAAAAUAAAUAAAGAAACCAGACCUUUAUGAGGAAAUCUAUAAAACUUUAUUCAAAGACAUUAUUUAAAAUCUCAGCCUCUUACUGUAUGUUUCCUUCCAAACACUUAAGAAAAACUGCGUUUUUAAAAACCAUGUUCUUUGAAACACUAAUGCCAUUUAAGAAUGGGGAAAACCCAAAUCAAAUCAUACUGGUGGUUUUCAUCAUCUUACCCGCCUCCCUCAUCCUUAGAUUGUAAACUUCUUGAGGGAAAAGAUCGUUAGUCGUGUUCCUCACUCUGUCCCCCCACCCAAUACCUUUCACAAUUCUCAGCACAGAUUUGGCCCCUUACAGUUCUAAAACAUCGAAGAAUCUGAAGCACUUGCUGGUCCUCUUUCUCUCUACCUAUUUUGAUGGAUGUUACGCAAUAAUAUACCGAAAUUGCUCCAAGCCUUCCAGGUGAUAAGACCUCCGCCAACGACUCAUGCCAGACAAUCAGAAUACUCCUCACCUGUGACCUCUCCCCGCCCCCACCCGCCCCCAAGGCCGCAAGAGGGGGAAUCUUACGGUCUCGGGCUGUUUUUCUCCUGGUGAGGCCAAUGCGCCUGCGCACCGUGCCCUGAUUGGCUGAGAGCUGCGGACUUGCGCGCGCAGGCCUCCACCUCGGUUACUAAAGAGCGAGAAGAUCCCCGAACUACGGCGGAGAGGCCUGCCCGUGGCUCACGUCGCUGACGCCAUCCCCUACUGUUCCGCUGACUGGGCGCUCCUGAGGGAGGAGGAAAAGAAGAAAUAUGCAGAAAUGGCUCGAGAGUGGAGAGCCGCCCAGGGGAAGAACUCUGGGCCUUCGGAGAAGCAGAAACCUGUUUCCACCCCACUGAGGAGGCCAGGCAUGCUUGUACCAAAGCAGAAUGUUUCACCCCUGGAUAUGUCAGGCUUGUCUCUAAAAAGUGAUCAAGCUGUCCUUGGAGGCAUUUUUUAUUUUUUGAACAUUUUUAGCCAUGGCGAGCUACCUCCUCACUGUGAACAGCGCUUCCUCCCUUGUGAAAUAGGCUGUGUUAAAUAUUCUCUCCAAGAAGGUAUUAUGGCAGAUUUCCACAGCUUUAUAAAUCCUGGUGAAAUUCCACGAGGAUUUCGGUUUCAUUGUCAGGCUGCAAGUGAUUCUAGUCACAAGAUUCCUAUCUCAAACUUUGAAUCUGGGCGUGACCAAGCAAUGGUGUUACAAAACCUUUAUAGAUUCAUUCAUCCAAAUCCAGGGAACUGGCCACCUGUCUACUGCAAGUCUGAUGAUAGAGCCAGAGUCAACUGGUGUUUGAAGCAUAUGGAGAAGUCAUCAGAAAUCAGGCAAGAUCUAGAACUUCUCACUGUAGAGGAUCUUGUAGUAGGGAUCUACCAGCAAAAAUUUCUCAAGGAGCCCUCUAAGACCUGGGUUCGGAGCUUCCUAGAUGUGGCCAUGUGGGAUUAUUCUAGCAACACAAGGUGCAAGUGGCAUGAAGAAAAUGAUAUUGUCCUCUGUGCUUUAGCUGUUUGCAAGAAAAUUGCAUACUGCAUCAGUAAUUCUCUGGCCACUCUCUUUGGAAUCCAGCUCACAGAGGCUCAUGUACCACUUCAAGAUUAUGAGGCCAGCAAUAGCGUGACACCCAAAAUGGUUGUAUUGGAUGCAGGGCGUUACCAGAAGCUAAGGGUUCAGAGUCCAGGAUUCUCUCAUUUCAGCUCUUCUAAUCAGGAACAGAGAUCAAACACACCCACUGGUGACUCCCCAUCUGGGGUGAAAACAUCGGGCCAAAACAGCAGUGUUCGGGGAAGAGGGAUUACCCGCUUACUAGAGAGCAUCUCCAAUUCCUCCAGCAAUAUCCACAAAUUCUGCAACUGUGAGACUUCACUUUCACCUUACAUGUCCCAAAAAGAUGGAUCCAAAUCUUUCUCUUCCUUAUCUUAAUGAUGAUACUUUUUUCAAUUUCUGGAAGAACAACGGACCCGACUUCCGUUCUCACUACAGUCAUAUUAAACAGACCACAUCAACAAUAAAUGUCACUACUAUAAAAACUACUUAAUUUGUAAGGAAAUUCUGUUUUCAUAGAUUAAAAAUAAUUGUGGUUGGAGAAGAUCUUGGCAUUUUUGCUUUUUUCUUUAGGGCUUGUUCUACUUUCUGACUGUAUCAUGGGAAUGCCAUUAAAGUUUUGAGUCCUAUAAGAAUAAAACUAGCUUUUACAGAGUUGUGCUUUUGGGAAUAUUAUAUUUUGGUAUCUUUUCUCUACAAUAAAAGUAUUAAGUAUCUGUUAUGAAAGGUU